AGAGUGGACCAAGACUCUGAGUAUCCUGCCUCUGAAGCUUUUUCCCUUCAAAAGUCGAGGUAUCCACAGGAGCCUUGGGGGCCUGUGACAAGCUUGGAAACCAUGCAGCAGCUGCAAGAUCAUCAUGAGGCCUGUGAAGAAGCCCAAGAGCUGCUCAGUAACUGGAUGAAGUCCAAACUGCAACUGGAGCUGUGUGAUGGAGAAGAGGAAGUUGACUCUGUCCUUCUGGAAAAGCCUUCUGCAGCCCCUCUGAAGUAUGAGCGGUUUGACGACUUGUGCAGUUAUCUGGAACAUGAAAUGGAAAGUUAUUCUGUCCAGAAGUACCUACAGCAUCUUCUGCAGAGUGAAGCUGUGAACUGUGGGAUAAUGAAAUGCCUUAGACUUGAAGACAUCAAGGAAAAACGAAAGCCUACAGAUCCACGAAUAAUCAUGGAGCUCAGACACAGGCAGGUGAAAGAAAACCGAAUGAGGCGUCAGAAGGCAUUAGAGCUUCAGAGACAAGAAGUGUCCCUGAAGAAAGCAGUUCUGUCUGAGGUCAGGCUCCAAGCACAGGAGGAGGACAGAAGGAAGGCCCUGAAGGCUAAGAAGGAGGAGGAAGAGAUACGGAGGGAAAUGGUGAAGCUGCGGAAGGAAAUGGCUGAGAAGAGGCACACUGUGGCAGGGGCACGGAGAAUGGAGGGGAAGAGACAAGAAAAAUCUCAGAAGCUGUCAAUGCAGGAGGUAUCUGUUACUAUGUCACCACUCCUGGCCUUGAAGAAAGAAGAGCAAGGAGAGGAGAAACAGAGAAAAGCUCUGGAGCUGCGGCUCAGGAUUCACACCACUAAGCAGAGAUGCAUGCAACGACAUUUCUCUGCUUGGCUGAAAGUCACUCUGGAGCACAGAAUUGAAAUGGGAAAAGCCAGAGCCUUUGCUGACUGGAGGUGCCAGCUGAAGGCCCUGCGAGCCUGGAGAAACUAUACUUGGGCCCAGAAAGUAGAGAAGGAGACACAGCAACUGAAAGCUCAUCUCCAAGAUCAAAACAGGAAAAACCAACUGGCUGUAGAGCAUAGUCGGCGUCGACUUCUGCGCUGCUGCUUUCUGGCAUGGCAGCACUGGAGCCAAGUGGAGACAGAAAAGAGAGAGCUGCAGAUCAAGAGGGAGGAGACCAAGAGAAAGAUGGCACAGCUGCUGGAGGCUGUGUCACUGGGGCAGGGUGGUCUGGACAGGCCACUGGAGGUUAACAAGCCUGGGACAGCAGAAGUAAAUCAUCAUCAAGAUUUGCAACAAGACAAGCCAACUGAAACUUGCCUCAUACAGAAAGAGCCUGAUCAGACCAGAGACCACUCUUGUUGGGAUGCUGUUCCCAUACCACGUGUCUGCAGAAAAUCCAAAUUUCCCUGGGAGAUUACUGUAAAACCUACAGCCCAGAGUGCCCAGGCUGUGUACAGGAAUCAAACAGCCACUGGCCCCCAGCAGCUUCAGGCACCUGGUCCAAAGACAUCUCCUGCUUAUGGUAGCCGUUUUGAGCACCGUCAUGCCUUCCAGCAACAUCUGAUUGAGGAGCAGAGGCAGCAGCUUCAGAAACAGCAAGAGCUGACCCUUAAACUGCAGGAAAAUCAGAGGCUGAGCAGAGCUAAAGAAGAGGCAGCACAAGCCACGACUGUAACCCAGCCACUUAACAAUUCUGCUUCUCAAACCAGGGAGGAAAAACAACCCAGAUGCAAGAAUCCAAUUCCUUUGAGUGCACCUGACUCUCAUGGGCCAGAAAACAGAAGGGUAGCAGUGCAAGGCAGGAGGCUCUCCAGUCGUGUGACCUCAGCAUCUCGCAUACUGAAAGGUAUGGAGGAGAGAGCAAUUCAGCGGGCAGAACGGAGGAGGGAACUAGAAGAAGCCAAACAACGAAGAGCGGAGGAAAAAUUGGCCCAGCUGAAGGCUGAAGAGGAAGCAUGCCAGAGGAAGGAGGCCGAGGAAAAGAAGGCUCAGCGGGAAAAACGGCGAGAGGAGAGAAGGCAGCAGAAGCUGAAAGAACUGGAGAGGCAGAGGAGGUUGGAGAAAGAGCAGCAGCUCCAGAAAAAGGCUAAAGAUCACUAUGAGAAGGUCCUACUCAGAAAGCUGGGAAUAGUGCCAUGGAAAAGGCUGAGGGAGCAAGCCAAUGAAAACCUGGUGGUGGCACAAAGGCAUCACUGUUUGGGCUUGCAGAGGAAAUGCCUGAUGGUUUGGCUCCAGGACACCAAGAGGAGUCUCACAGAGAAGAUGUCUCGGGCUGAGGACUUCUAUUCCCGUAUGUUGCUGAGACAGGGCUUCAGGAACUGGCUAAAGUACAAGGAUUAUCUCUCCACUCAGGAGGAGAGAGCAAGUGCCCUCCAUGCAACUUGCCUCAUGAAGAAGUAUUUCUGGGCAUGGCUUGAUGUGAUCAUGAAGGAAAAAAUGACCUUACAGGAGAAGCUGAAAAUUGCUACUGAACACAGUAACAAGAGACUUGCUCUGAAUGUAUUCAAGGCAUGGAGACAGUACCCAUUACUGAUGAGAGAGGAAAGAGAGAGAGAAGAAAGGAGAAACCAGCUACGCAGGAGAGUAGCUGAAAUUCUCCCCAACUUCCAAAAGUGACAGAAGAGAGUCAAAGGAGAUAGAAAGGAGACAAAAAGACCAGUUCUGUUCAGUGCUGUCUCCCUGCUGGCUGAGACAACUCCAAGGGGAAGUCCUGCCAAGUGCAAAGGGUCUUACAGCCAGAGG